AUGGCAUCUCUCGGGUUCUUCUCGAACGAGUCGGCACAGCGGACCAGCGCCGGAGACAAUUCGACUGCAGCCCCAGCUUGGUGUCAGAUAGCUCAGAAGUUUACUGGCGGUAUUGGAACAAAGCUCUGUGCGUUCUUGUAUGGCGAUGGGCAGAGGCCCACAGAAAGUGUUGUAAAGGAGGAAACAACAUCCCUGGGAACCAAUCGGUCCUGUACCUGCAACAAAACUCCGUGCACUUGUCAGAAAGUUCAAAUCAACUUUUCCAUCUUGCAUGCAACAGACCUCCUGCCAGCAUGCGAUGGGGAAGGAGUAACUUUCACUUUCUUGGAACAAGUUUUGGACAUUCUCCUUGAAUACAUUUUGAAAACAUUUGAUAGAUCUACAAAAGUAAUAGAUUUCCACUACCCUGAUGAACUGCUUGAGGGAUUUAACUGGAUGCUGGAUGAACAGCCGAAUACUUUGGAAGACAUUCUGGCGACUUGCAGAACAACACUUAAAUAUGCUGUGAAGACAGGUCAUCCUAGAUAUUUCAACCAGCUUUCAACUGGGUUAGAUAUGGUUGGACUUGCUGCUGAUUGGCUUACCUCCACUGCUAAUACUAACAUGUUUACUUAUGAGAUCGCACCAGUGUUUGUCCUGUUGGAAUACAUCACCCUGAAGAAAAUGAGGGAAAUGAUUGGCUGGCCAGGAGGAUGUGGAGAUGGAAUCUUCUCACCUGGUGGAGCCAUAUCAAACAUGUAUGCCUUGCUAAUUGCACGCUACAAGCUGUUUCCUGAAGUUAAAGAAAAGGGAAUGACUGCCAUUCCGAAACUGAUUGCCUUCACAUCGGAACACAGUCAUUUUUCAAUAAAGAAAGCAGCAGCAGCUCUGGGGAUUGGGACAGAUGGAGUGGUUCUGAUCAAGUGCGAUGUAAGGGGGAAAAUCAUCCCAUCAGACCUUGAGAGAAGAAUACUUGAAGCUAAGGAAAAGGGCUUUGUGCCAUUCUUUGUGAAUGCUACAGCUGGGACGACCGUAUAUGGUGCCUUUGAUCCUCUUGUGGCCAUCGCUGAUAUAUGUAACAAGUACAAGAUCUGGAUGCACGUUGAUGCAGCCUGGGGCGGGGGUCUACUGAUGUCCCGAAAACACCGCUGGAAGUUAAAUGGAGCUGAAAGGGGCAAUUCUGUCACAUGGAAUCCACACAAAAUGAUGGGAGUUCCACUUCAAUGUUCUGCUUUACUCGUUAGGGAGGAGGGACUGCUGCAGAAUUGUAAUCAGAUGAAUGCUUGCUACCUUUUCCAACCUGAUAAGCAAUAUGAUUUGUCCUACGAUACUGGAGAUAAGGCAUUACAGUGUGGGCGACAUGUCGAUAUUUUUAAAUUGUGGCUGAUGUGGAGAGCUAAGGGUACUAUGGGAUUUGAGGCACAGAUUGACAAGUGUUUGGAGCUUUCAGAUUACUUGUACAAUAAGAUAAGGAACAAAGAAGGAUUCGAAAUGGUGCUUGAUGGAAGACCACAGCACACCAAUGUCUGCUUCUGGUACCUGCCUCACAGCAUUCGUCACUUACCAGAUAAUGAAGAACGAAGGAGUUUGCUCAUGAAGGUGGCUCCACAGAUUAAAACUAGAAUGAUGUCAUUUGGAACCACAAUGGUAAGUUAUCAGCCACAAGGUGACAAAGUUAAUUUCUUCCGCAUGGUCAUCUCAAACCCAGCAGCUACACAAGAAGACAUUGAUUUUCUCAUUGAGGAAAUAGAGCGACUUGGACAGGACCUGUGA